UAUGUCAAAAAAUAACUGUUCGGUUUGGUCGACUUUCACCGUUUAUUGUAUUUAUUUUGUAAAUUCGAUGCCAAAAUCCUUUAAACCAUUCAUAAUUUGAUUUAUCUUAUUAGUAAAGUGAGACUUUGUACUUUAUAAUAAAAAUAUAGGUCGUCUCAUACCAUUAAACAUAUAAAACAGUGUUCAAUCAGUGUAUCAAUAGACAUAUUAAAUAAGUAACUACCCUCCGUUCUCAAUAAUACCCAGUGGUGUUCAAAUUGUUGAGUGUGAAUAACAAUAAACACUCAACUCUGCAAAAUGUUUCCCUGUGCAAGAUGCAAUCUUCAGUCUACCGAUGGAACUCUUUGUAGUGUCUGCAAACGUCGAUUUGAUUUUCCAUGUGCUGGAAUCACAGAGAGUGGAUACCGUAAGCUCGGAGAAAGAAGACAUUUCUGGCGUUGUACCGAAUGUAAAACUAAUACGCCUUCCGCUCCAUCAUCAAGGGCCCAAUCACCAUCAGUGCCCUCGAUUGAAACUCUACAUGAAGAACUCAAAAAAAUCUCAUUGCAGCUGUCACCUCUAGCAUCAUUAAUCGCGGAUGUUAAAACAAUCAAAUCCGAUGUGACAAAUUUGCAAAAUGAUGUCAAGGUAAUCAAAUCUGAUGUAACAAGCCUUCAAAAAUCAAUUGAAAUGGCUCAUGAAUCAAUUAAGGAUUAUUCUACAACAAUAAAUUCUCUAGAAACUAGAUUGAGGGUAGUUGAAGACAAAACUGAGUAUAUCUCUAAAUUGGAGGCCGAUAUAACAAGAAUUAAUCAGCUGCUUAAUGACAAGGAACAAUGGUCGCGAGCAAAUAAUGUCGAGAUUAGAGGUGUACCGCAAAAGAAUAACGAAAAUUUGUUUGAUAUUGCAAUGAAAAUAGGCAAUGUUGCAGACUAUGAGAUAAAUAAGUGUGAUAUUAACUUCAUCACUAGAGUACCUUCUCGACAAAAUAAUGGGCCUAAGUCAAUUGUUAUGGCACUUAAUAACAGGUAUAUUAAGGAUAAUUAUGUUGCUGCAGUACGAAGGAUGAAACACUUAAACCUGAACUCGCUUGGAUUUGCUGGUGAUGGGCGUUUCUAUGUUGGCGACCAUUUAACCGUUGAGAACAAACAACUCCUAUCAAAGACCAAAAGUAUCGCUCACGAUAAAAAAUUUCAAUACGUAUGGGUAAAGCAUUCGAAAAUAAUGGUGAGAAAGUCGCCAACAUCUCCAAUAAUCGUCAUCAAGUCUGCAGGCGAUCUUCUAAAAUUAACCUAAUUACUAUUUUUUAUAUUGUGUUUGCAUAUAUAUCAUUAUUGU